AUGUACGACCAAACUACCAAGUACGACCAAACUAACAAGUACGACCAAACGAACAAGUACAACCAAACUAACAAGUACAACCAAACUAACAAGUACGAGUACGACCAAACGUACAAGUACAACCAAACUAACAAGUACAACCAAACUAACAAGUACGACCAAACGAACAAGUACGACCAAACGAACAAGUACAACCAAACUAUCAAGUACGACCAAACGAACAAGUACAAUCAAACUAACAAGUACGACCAAACGAACAAGUACGACCAAACUAACAAGUACAACCAAACUAACAAGUACGACCAAACUAUCAAGUACAAUCAAACUAACAAGUACGACCAAACUAUCAAGUACAAUCAAACGAACAAGUACAACCAAACUAACAAAUACAACCAAACGAACAAGUACAAUCAAACUAACAAGUACAACCAAACUAACAAGUACGACCAAACUAACAAGUACGAGUACGACCAAACGAACAAGUACGACCAAACUAACAAGUACGAGUACGACCAAACGAACAAGUACGACCAAACUAACAAGUACAAUCAAACUAACAAGUACGACCAAACUAUCAAGUACGACCAAACGCACAGGUAUAAUCAAACUAUCAAGUACGACCAAACUAUCAAGUACAACCAAACUAACAAGUACGAUCAAACUUAUAAGUAA